UAAAUUGAUUGUAGAUACCUAAUGUAGACCUAUCAAAUAUGUAAUAUUUUCUAAAUAUACUUGUAGUUAGAUUUAAUUUUAUAGGUUAGCUAAAUUCUUAGUUUAAGUAAAAAAGUCUAUAAUAAGCGAGGAACUGUUGGGUCUCUUCAAAAUCUGGCGAGCGAUCUAAUAUAAUUUACCGUUUCAACUACAAAGGGUUGCUAUGAACGCCUGCAAGAAUAUCAGGAAGAAAGAAAAGCGAAAAGCUAAAUCAAAAUUGAAAUCAAAGAGGUCUUCAUACGUUCCUUGUCGUUGCAAAAAACCUUCAAAGAAGAAACGACGCCGCAACCUAAGGAUCCAUGGAACAAAUCGUGGUCCUUCUCUCGGACCAAAUCCGUACCUCAAUUACUUCCGCCAAUUUUACGCUCAGCGGGGCGGUAAAGUUGUAGAAGCGGCCAAGGAAGCCGGAGGUAACUGGCGUACAAUGGGACCUGAGGAACGAGAGAAAUAUCGGACUACACAGAAAAAGAAAGUUCAUCGCGGCUAUUAUAGCCGAAUAAAAAAAUUGAAUAAGAUUUUCCGACUUUUAACGCCGAAAAGUAAAUCUGCCACAGUGAAAAGGGAGCAACUUGUCCGCGUAAGGAAGAUUUUAGAAAGGUGGACGAGGCAUGUCUAUUCGGAAAUUUCGUCCGCUUUCAAUGACAAUGAAGGGAACGUUAAUGAAAGUAAGGAAAGAGAGAAAAAUGGAACGGAGGAAUUCAUGUGGAAAGCUACCGAUGGCAACUACAAAGACUUCCCGCGAAGAAAUUGGUGAAGAACUACUACUUUUAUGAAAUUAAGAUACAUUUUGUGAUGUACAUUAAAAAUAUUCAAUACGUC